GACAAAAUGGCGGCGGCGGCGGGCUCCGGGUCGGGACCGGGCUCGGGCUCGGGGCGGUCGCCGGCGGCGCCCCGGCCUCGGCCCGGUCCCGCCCGGUUCCGGGGCUGCUUGGCCGGGGCGCUGCUGGGCGAUUGCCUGGGCGCCGUCUUCGAGGGCAGGAGCGUCGUGAAGCUGCCCGACUUGCUGCGCUUCCUCCGCGGCUUGGAACCGGCGCCCGGGCCGGCCGGUGAGGGAGAACCGCCCGGCAGCGCCCGCAGAGAAGCGCUUUCGUACACAGACGACACGGCCAUGAGCAGGUCUGUGGUGCAGUCUCUGCUGGCCAAGCGAGAGUUUGACGAAGUUGACAUGGCCAAGAGGUUUGCUGAGGAAUACAAGAAGGAACCCAACAGGGGCUAUGGGAUGGCUGUUGUCAAUGUCUUUAAGAAGCUCCUGAGCCCCAAGUGCAGUGAUGUGUUUGAACCUGCAAGAGCCCAGUUUAAUGGGAAAGGCUCCUAUGGAAAUGGCGGUGCUAUGAGGGUGGCAGGCAUUUCACUCGCCUAUUCUGAUGUUCAGGAUGUAAAGAAGUUUGCGAAGCUCAGUGCUGAAUUAACCCAUGCCAACUCCCUGGGUUACAAUGGGGCCAUCCUGCAGGCCCUGGCAGUGCAUCUCGCCCUGCAGGGAGAACUCAGCAAGGAGACCUUCCUUGAGCAGCUGAUUAGCCACAUGGAAGACAUAGAGGCAGAUGAUAAGUCUCUUACCGAUGCCCGAGCGCUGGGAUUUGAGGACUUACCAUUUUCAAGGCGCCUGAAGAAAAUAAAAGAAUUUUUGGAGCUCAGCAGCGUUCCCAAAGAUGAUGUAUUGUUUGAAUUAGGCAAUGGCAUCGCAGCUUUGCGGUCUGUCCCUACUGCAAUUUAUUCCUUCUUGCGCUGUAUGGAAGCAGACCCAGAUAUUCCUGAACACUACAGCAACCUGCAGAGGACCAUCAUCUACUGUAUCUCUCUGGGUGGAGACACAGACACCAUUGCCACCAUGGCAGGAGCCAUUGCAGGGGCUUAUUACGGUGAAGAACAGAUACCCCCGAGCUGGGAGCAGAGCUGUGAAGCUUUUCAAGAGACGCAGAAGCUGGCAAAUAGCUUGUAUGAACUGUACUGCCAACGGCUCUGAGCCCCGAGGGGAGCUUGUGUUCAGAAGGCAAAGUAGGUGGUCACCUCUGCCUUUCUGGUCAGAAAGCUGGGGCUCUGCAGACGCCAGCGAGCCUCCCUCUGCGAGACGCCUGCUGUUGUGAGCCGAGGGGUUUGAAGAGACGGGACGUGCCCUUCACUUCCAGCUUAGCUGGGAAAUGGCUGCGUGUGGCGCCUUGGACAGUGGCGUGCCUCUCCUCUGAAGUACAGGAGCAUCUAGUUUUCAUAAGAUUUCUGCUUCUUGCUUUGUCCCACCCUCGUGCCACUAUGUCACUUUGUCAUUACUGGGUGGGUGUCUGAACCCACUGACUUUUUUGCAGCUUUGCUCUGUAUGCCGUGGCCUUCACUUCAGUUGUUAGUGCUCUGUCAAGCAGUGGCUCUCACAGUCUGCUCACUCCACUUGAAACACUAAACCAUUCUCUACUGACCAGCUAAAGGCUGUGGGUGGGAGUCAUCAGAGCAGCACGUCAGGGGAGAGCCUGGAGGAUAUCCUGCGUGGUGGGACGGUUCCCACCUGUACUGUGCAGUGAGGAUGCGGGAGAACAGACCUCACAGGGAGGUUUGCUUCAUUAAAGGCAAGAUGGAAAGUGCCAGAGAUUGGAGAAGGGAUUUCUUUGCAUAGCUAGUGGCAUUUUAAGAACUGCCCCAUCCCUGGAGGCAUUCAAGGCCAGGCUGGAUGCGGCUCUGGGCAGCCUGCUCUAGUGGUUGGCAACCCUGCCCAGAGCAGGGGGGUUGAAACUAGAUAAUCUUUAAGGUCCUUUUCAACCCAGGCCAUUCUGUGAUUCUAUGAACUGCCUUUGGUGCAUGCAGACAGAAUCCCAGUAGGCUCAUUGUUACCGCUGGAAGAAGGCGUAACUAAUUACUGUCCCUUUGGUGUCCUGUGCUCUGCAAUCUGCCCGACGCUGUCCUGAUUUAUUACAUUUUGUGUUCCCUUAUAUCGCUGACUUUCACAUUUCUGCAGCUACUCCAGCCAUUUCCUUAGUUCCUAAUCCUUGCACCCUGCAUUUUUAAUCCCGUCCUACCUAUGUCCAGAGCACCAAGAGAUUGCUAUUUAAAUCUGGGGGUGGAGGUACGUUAUGAAACCUAGUGUUACACAAGGAUUGAAUUCUUGCUCCUGCUGCAGUCAGUGACAAAAAAUGACUUCAGCAGGAAGCAGGAGUUAAUACUCAUAGCUUUAAAACUCUACUUUGUAAGAACCAUCUGAAAAUAAAGGGAAAAGCAGGUUAAUUGGGAGAGAAUUUAGCAGAGUUUAAAAGAAUUUCAGGAAUUGAAGCUGGUACUGGGGGGCAAGAAUAUUCUAGCAAAGCUGUGUUGUUCCAGAAUUUCAAGUUUAAAACCUUUGCCAAAUGGAGCUGGUCAGAAAGGGAAUAACAGCUUGUGUACGGCACGUCUGAAAAGAGUUACAAUUUUCCAAUAAUUAAAAACAAAGGAGGCGAGCAGUCGUCAUAUGGAAAUGUUUGUAAAUUUGAAUGUGGCAGUGUAAUUCUGUGUUCUCUCUCUAGUAUUUCUUGUAACACCAGGAAGUGAACAUUGUACACGAACGGAGUUCACUCCCUUCUGAUAACAGCACAUGGCUGUUGUGUGUGUCAGACCGCAUGCACGUGUGGAAAAUCUGGUCGUGAUAGUCAUUCCAGUCUUUCCUGUACUCUGCUUCCUUCAAGUGCCAGUCUUCUGUGUGAUGCUUUAAUGGGUUUUCCUUGUAUAAACGAAUAUCUUGUUCUGAGAACAUGUGGAAUUUUGGUCUUUUGUAUAUUGUGCUGCAGAUCUGAGGUGUAAAAUGUCAGGUUUUUCACAUUUUUCUGCCAGAGAUGUCAAUGUAUUCACAGAGUUAUUUAAAAGAAGGUAUUUUCCCUUUAAAGGAGCUUUAUAAUUUUAAAUGUGUGGAAUUCAUGAAGAAUAGGAGUUUCCUGUUUAAAAAAUAUAGCUCAUUUUAGGCCAGAAUUUAAAUGCAUACCAAAACAUUCAGCUCUGACUUUCUUGGAAAGAAAUAAAAUCAUGCAGCUAUCUUUG